GAUGAUAACGACGAUUUUCAAUUUGGGUUUCCGUAUUCAGAAGGGCAGUUAUCCUUGAAUCAUUAUGAAGUCCAAGCUCGACCCUUUCCUCACGAUACGCAAAAUGAAAGGGUUAGGCAGAAGAGCAGAGGAAAAAGAAGAAGAAAAUUAAAUUCAGAGAAGAAAUCAAAGCCGGUGAAAGGGGACAGAAAAGGACAACAAUGUAAAACACCAACAAAUCUUUUACGUAUUCUUUACUUCCUUGAAUUCUGGUUUUAGUUAAUUUCUCUCUCUUCGGUUUCAUCUACUAUAACUGGGUUGUUGGGAGCUUUCAUUUCCAUCUCUGCUUCAGCUUCAUUUAUCUAGGUCUUCUUUAUUUCUUCUCAUUUUUCCUAUUCGGCUGCUUUCCUGUAUUUUUGACCUGCUUUUGAUUGGUGGGGGAAAAAAAAAAUCCUCAAUUCUCUUUUGGGUCCAUCCUCAUCUGGAUAAGAUUUUGCUGCUUUUCUUUCCUGAUCAUAAUUUUCUAUUGAAAUUUUUCUUUAGGCCUUUGUUUCUGUCCUGCCUUGGUGGUUUUAUUCUCUGGUUUCCCAUCUGGGCUUCUUUUCUUCGUCUCUCCGUUUUUUAAUAAAUGUGCUUCUCUUCCCAACUGGGUAUUCUGUCUUAGCUUUCGUCUCCAUCUGGGUUUUCUUUUUUCCUCAGAGAAUUGGUUCAAAUCAGGCAACAUGGCUUCUUCAGAGCUGUUGCUUUCGUUCCUACGAUGAACUGCAAGGAGACCAGGCUAGGUGCUAUAGGUGCUUGAAUUUGGAGCUUGUUAUAAAGUUCUGAAGCAUGAAGUGUUUCUACAGCUUCAGUAAGAGAAGCAAAAGCAGGGAACAGAAGUCGGCACCGGAGCUCAAAACUAGAAGCCAACCGGAUAGUCCGCCCCUGGCUCAGGGAAGGAAAUCCUCAGGUUCCCCUACCGUGCAGCGAAGCAUCCCUGAGAUGUAUGAGGAGAAGGCCCACAAUUUGCGGGUCUUUACCAUCUCGGAGCUUAGGAACGCAACAAAUGAUUUUAGUAGGUUGCUUAAGAUUGGGGAAGGUGGAUUUGGGAGUGUAUAUAAAGGAAUCAUUAAGACUUCUGGUGUUCAUGGGGAACGGAUGGUCGUUGCCAUAAAGAAGCUUAACAAAGAUGGCUUGCAGGGUCAUAAACAAUGGCUGGCAGAAGUUCAGUUUCUCGGUGUUGUUGAGCACCCGAAUCUUGUAAAACUCAUUGGAUACUGCGCUGUAGAUGGUGAACGAGGCAUCCAACGAUUACUUAUAUAUGAAUUCAUGCCAAACAAGACCUUAGAAGAUCAUCUUUUCAACCGAGCUCUUCCGGUUCUUCCCUGGCAAACGAGAUUAAAGAUAGUCCUUGGUGCAGCCCAAGGGUUGGCUUAUCUGCAUGAAGAAUUGGAAGUCCAGGUAAUAUAUCGGGAUUUUAAAUCAUCAAAUGUGCUACUAGAUGAGGAUUUCAAACCAAAGCUAUCAGACUUUGGGCUUGCAAGGGAGGGACCAGCAGAUGGACGCUCACAUGUAUCUACCGCGGUGGUUGGAACAUAUGGGUAUGCCGCUCCGGACUAUGUUGAGACCGGCCAUCUCACAACCAAGAGUGAUGUAUACAGCUUUGGUGUGGUUCUAUAUGAGGUCCUUACAGGUAGACGAUCAUUGGAGAGAAACCGCCCAAGAUUGGAGCAGAAGCUUUUGGAGUGGGUGAAGCAGUUUCCUCCUGAGAGUAAGAGGUUUGGCAUGAUAAUGGACCCACGGCUUCAAAACCAGUAUUCUCUAUAUGCAGCAAAGAAAAUUGCCAAAUUGGCAGACAGUUGCCUGUGCAAGAAUCCAAAAGAACGUCCAUUGAUGAGCACGGUUGUAGAAAGCUUGAAGCAAGCAAUCCAAGUUGCAGAAGAUGGGAACACUCCUCAGAAGAGUUCUGAUUCCUCUGAAAUUCACCCGGUUGACUCUGAUGAGAAAUCAUAUCCAGUUGGCAUCUCUGGAUCUGCGAAGAGGCGGAUGGCCAACCAGGCUAGAGUUUAAAUAUGUGGAUAUCCUAGAUAUAAUGAAGUAAUUCUCAAUUUCUCUCUGGGUUCUUUACAAAGACUACAAAGGAAGAAGGCUGCUAGAAGGGAUACAAGUUAACCAGAAUACAGAAUUCUCCCUCCACCCCCUUUGUUUCUGUUGAGAAACCCAUGAAACCAAAGCGGCUAUUUUACAAUUUUUGAACAUGUUUUGUAGGUCAAUGAAGCAGUUGAUGUAAUUAUGUUAUCUAAUUCUUGUUAAAUAUGUUUUGAACUAUUAUGAAAAGAAAAUGUAUUUAGUUGUUAAUAGAACUGGUUAAUACUUUUAGAAUUCAAAGGUAAGACUGUUGGAAAGAAAUGAUGGGGUUUACUGUUUA